AUGACAGCUCAGCAAAAUGGCACCAUCUCCUUUGAGGUUUCAGACUUCCUCUUAAAUUGUUUCAUCAGGUCCUCCAGCUGGCAGCUCUGGCUGCCCCUGCCCCUCAGCCUUCUCUUCUUCCUGGCCAUGGGGGCCAAUGCUACCCUCCUGAUCACCAUUCGACUGGAGACCUCCCUGCAUGAGCCCAUGUACUACUUGCUUAGCUUCCUCUCCCUGCUGGACAUUGUGCUCUGUCUCACUGUUAUUCCCAAGGUCCUGGCCAUCUUCUGGUUUGACUUCAGGUCCAUCAGCUUCUCUGCCUGCUUCCUCCAGAUGUACAUCAUGAAUUGCUUCCUGGCCAUGGAGUCCUGCACAUUCAUGGUCAUGGCCUACGACCGUUACGUGGCCAUUUGCCACCCGCUUCGGUAUGCAUCCAUUAUCACUGACCAAUUUGUGACCAAGGCUGCCAUGUUUAUUUUGGCCAGGAAUAUCUUUAUGACUUUGCCCAUUCCCAUUCUCUCAGCAAGACUCUACUACUGUGGCAGAAAUGUCAUUGAGAACUGCAUCUGCGCCAAUAUGUCUGUCUCAAGGCUCUCCUGUGAUGAUGUCACCAUCAAUCGCCUCUACCAAUUUGCUGGAGGCUGGACCCUGCUAGGAUCUGACCUCCUCCUCAUCUUCCUCUCCUAUGCCUUCAUACUGCAAGCUGUGCUGAGACUCAAGACAGAGAGUGCUGUGGCCAAGGCCCUAAGCACAUGUGGCUCCCACUUCAUCCUUAUUCUUUUCUUUAGCACCAUCCUCCUAGUCUUCGUCCUUACUCAUGUGGCUAAGAAGAAGGUCUCCCCUGAUGUGCCAGUCUUGCUCAAUGUCCUCCACCACAUCAUUCCUGCAGCCCUCAACCCCAUUGUUUAUGGAGUGCGAACCCAGGAGAUCAAGCAAGGAAUCCAAAGAUUAUUGAAGAAAGGGUGGUGAUAAGGACAGCAGGAAUUGAAUUUCUACAUUCCUACAGUAUGAUGGUUUAUGAGUCAGUAAUGUAUGGGUGGAAGCCCUGGUGGUGUAGUGGUAAGUGCUAUGGCUGCUAAUCAACAGGCCGGAGGUUCAAAUCUACCAGGUGCUCCAUGGAAACCCUAUGAGGCAGUUAUGCUCCGUCAUAUAUGGUUGCUGUGAGUCAAAAUCGACUCAACGGCUGUAGGUUUUUUUAAAUGUAUGAAUGGGAUGCAAUUCAUAUCUAUUAAUUAUAAACGCAAAUUGGAUAAACUAGGUAUUGUGACUUGGUUUCUUAACCUUCAGGGGUUUUUUUUUUUUUCUUUUUGAAUAAUUUUUAUUGUGCUUUCAGUGAAAGUUCACAAUCAAGUCAGUCUCUCACAUGUAAACUUAUAUACACCUUACUACAUACUCCCACUUACUCUCCCCCUAAUGAGUCAGCCUGCUUCCUCCUUCCAGUCUCUCCUUUUGUGACCAUUUUGCCAGUUCUAACCCCCUCUACCCUCCCAUCUCCCCUCCAGACAGGAGAUGCCAAUAUAGUCUCAAGUGUCCACCUGAUGCAAGUAGCUCACUCUUCAUCAGCAUCUCUCUCCGCCUCAUUGUCCAGUCCCUUCCAUAUCUGAUGACUUGGCUUCAGGAAUGGUUCCUGUCCUGGGCCAACAGAAGGUUUGGGGACCAUGACCGCCGGGAUUCUUCUAGUCUUAUUCAGACCAUUAAGCCUGGUCUUUUUAUGAGAAUUUGGGGUCUGCAUCCCACUGUGCUCCUGCUCCCUCAGGGGUUCUCUGUUAUGCUCCCUGUCAGGGCAGUCAUCGGUUGUACCUGGGCACCAUCGAGUUCUUCUG